AUGACAACUCGCUCGUCAGUCAACAAGGAGAAGUCGCCAAUCGACAAGGUAGACUACGAAGGUCUGCAACUCGACACAAGAGCCAGAGAUAAUCGAGAUCCGCAUUUGGACGACUCAAAACCCCAAGGCUUGCUCGACGAUGAUUUCAACCACCAUGGGUUCUAUCUCAACGAGAAGCAGGCACACGCAGGAGUCCCUGUGGGUAUCCCUAUGGGUAUUCCAACUUCUCCAGAAGGGACACUAAGCCCGAUGUCUCCGAUGGGCCCCAAGGAGAUGGAUGAGGGCCUGGGCUCCCCUCCACCACCAGAGAAGAGAACGUGCGGUCUGCGACAGAAGCAUUUCUGGGAGCUUCUAGGCCUCAUCCUGGCCAUCGUCCUUGCUGCAGCUGUCAUUAGCGGAGUAGUAGGCGGACUGCAAUCACGCAGUGGGAGAUCUUCUUCGUCUGGGCAGCCGGCAUCCAAUGUUUCGACAAAUGAUACGACCCACAGUGCAAAUAACACCACGUCGUUGCAUUUGCAGCAAGGAGAUAUCGUGGCAGGGUCACCACUAAAUGUGAUAUCUUAUAACCAAGGCGGUUCCAGUGCUGAAAGCCAACAAGCUUUCCGGAUAUAUUAUCAAUCAGCCCUUGGAAACAUCAAGGAAGCCGUCUCUAAUGGCUUGAUGUCUUGGCAAAGCGCUCUGCCUAUCUUCACCGAUGCGAUCAACAACACGGGGCUUGCAACGGUGACUUACCUCAACGGUUCGAAUCAGCAGGGAAGCAUUUUUUAUGUAGGAUUGAAUGGACUGUUGCAAGAAAAAAGAAAAGUCUUUUCCAGCACGGCUUACUGGGAGCCUGGUACUUUGAACAAUAUGAACAUCGCCGCCGUGGCGAACCUUUCCUUGCCUUCAGUGACUCAGGACCCAAAGAAUGACUGGGACGGCUAUCGAAUGGCAGCAGUCUAUUCGGAGAACUUCAACACGGGACCGGGUCUGCGGCUCUAUUACCAUGCGGAGAAUUUGACCGGAGCAGCCUAUGUGCAAGAAUUGAUCUGGACUCAGAGUAACGAUUCAUGGGCAGAUGGGGCAAAGUUGCACAAUCCGUGGCCAAAUUCCCACUUGGCGGCGACUAUCGAUGAAAGCACGCAAAUCUUAAGGCUAUUCUUUUCUUCCGGCAACAACACCUUGCAAGAGGCCUGGAUGUCCCUCUUGGAUCCCACUGGGACGUACAAGAAUGGCAUCAGCUUUCCAAAUUUGCUCGAUUACAACAAUGCCGACAUCGCCGCCAUAUCGCAGAACGGAUCAACCUACGUCUACCAUUACAGCAGCGCUAGCCAAACCGCUCCACCCACCAUCCACGAACUAGUCAUCACCGGUACCCCGGGAUCAAUCAACAAUCAAGAAGCCUACAACCUCAGCUCGCCUCUCGUCGCCAGCCCAAACCUCGCCACCAAUCAAGCUGGCGAAGUCUCGCUCUACCGACCUCUAGCAGCAUCAAACAACAUCGUCCAGGGCCUUCCCGGGCAGAUCUACGUUUUCUGGGCUGACAAGAUCACGGGCGAUCCGCUCGACUCGAUGAGCUUGAGCGGGUUCGGCGAGCUCUUGGAGAUCAGUAGACCGGUUGCGAAUUCGACGUGGCCAGCAUCGACCGGUCAGAUACCGAUCCCGUUGGGGAGUUCGAAUUCGCAGCCGAAUCAGAAGAGGACGUAUCGUAUGAUUGGUAGAAGACCGUGGUUUGCAUAG